UGGUUUUGUGUUUCGUAAUAAACACGUUAUGUUUACAACUGGUAUUAAAAGGGAAAACAGAAUUAACGAUACGGACGUUUUAAUUAAAACAGAUGGCACAUUUAUAUUAGUCGUUCGGUAUAAAUGAAACAGUUGUUUUGAUUCAAUCCCUUUAAAAUGGAUCCUGAGGAUCAGAGUUCAGCUUUUACGAGCGUUGUGGACUCUGUGAUGAGUUUAUUCGGUGAAGUGAUGACCCGAGAUGCAGUCUGCGCAAUCGUGGAACACUGUGGUGGGGACUUGACUCAAGCCAUUGAUAUUAUUGUCAACAUGUCAGACGAUUCUUCUGCUGGCGAAUUAUCAAAUAAUGCACCAUCACCUAAUCAAACAGAAGUAUCUCCACACAAUAUUGCGAGAUAUCCAACUCUCCCACCAACCUCACAGAUUACUGGAACAACCAUUGAACCCCUCAUGAAUACCUCAGAAAGUUUAUCUGUGUCAAGAAACUCUCAAAUUGCCAACAUGCAGGUAUCACAGCCGAGACUAUCUUAUUCUGGAGCGUCACAAACCAAAGGAGCUUUCCCUAAACAGCUUCCUAAAAGAGCAAUUAACCCACAAAUAAGUAUAUGGACGCCACAAACAAAACAAAUCGUUGAAUACCACAAAAAAGGAAUUAAAAUUUUGAUUUUAAUGAGGGGCUUGCCUGGAAGCGGCAAGUCAUUCUUGGCAAGGGAACUAAUUGAAUAUAUGUGUCCAGACAUGAAUCAUAAAUCAUUCAUAUUUAGCACUGAUGAUUUUUUUAUGCAUAGGGGAAGAUAUGAAUUUCAAAAGCACAUGCUUCCAGAGGCACACUUUUGGAACCAAAACAGAGUUUAUGAAGCUAUGGGUCGUGAUGUGAGCCCUAUAAUCAUCGAUAAUACUAACGUUGAGAUACGGCACAUGGAGCCAUAUGUUAGGGCAGGGGUCCGGAAAAGUUACGUAAUAGAGGUUUUAGAACCGAAUACUCCAUGGGCUAAAAAAGUUGGACCUCUGGCUCGAAAAAAUUCCCAUGAUGUCAACAUUUCUACUCUAAAACGACUACUGGAUUCCUUCCAAGAAUGCCCAAAUGGUGCUUUCUUAAUACAACUUUUUGGACUAUCAUAUCCUGCCGGAAAAGCCCUUCCAAUAAUAAAGAACAUUCCACCCCUUUUUGGACAAGAUCAACAUGGUGCUGCAUCGUCAAUUCAGACCCGUCAGUUCCAGGCCUAUUCAGCAACAAGUCAGCCAGGAAAUGCAUUUGGAUUGAUGUCAAAUUUUCAAAAUGCUGAGAAGACCAACGAAAUACUACAGGAACUUUCUACUACAGGCCACAACAAUGCAGAUAGUGCUUCAAAUAAUGCAUGUGAGACGCAACAACGAUCACAUGAAGAACGUAUAAUAAAAACUCGUAUAGAAAUUGAACAAGAAAAAUCUGGUGAUCGUGAUGCAACCAGUAAUGAUAAUGAAACAGGUCAUAAUGACAAUGAUCCAAUUCAUAAAGUUGAGUUUGUCAAACUUGAAGAUGUGAAAAAACAGUUAGAGGAAAUUGAAAAACUGGAAGAAGAAUGGGAAAAUGGAGAUGCAUGGAACGAAGAAUCAAAAUCAACAGCAAAAUCUUUCACUGGAAAUGCUUCAGGGUUUGUUCCUAAACCACCUAGAAAUGCUGAACAUAAUUCUACAGGAAUAGAUAGAUUUUUGCCAACCAGUUCCCAUUAUAAUGAUUGGUCUAAGAUUUCAAUGUUUAUGCCAUCAUGGACUGAGUGUGAACCUACUAUUAGUAUACUGGACACACCAAAUAUUGAAGUACAGACAGCAACAAAAGGGACUAGUGUAGAAUUUGGAGACACUGAGGUUAAUAUUAAAAAUCUUAAGGUUCUUAUUGCUACACCUAGAGAUAUAAACUUUUACUACACGGGACUAAACGAAGAAAAGAUUCCUAAUAAACGAACGUUGGACAAAAGCAGUAUGACAAAUGAUCACGAUCACAUCGCAGUUGAAACCGUCAGGUGCAAAAAUGAAGAGAAACACUUUAUUGCAUUUAGGAAACUGUUCAAGAAUAUAUCUAAAGUGGAAUUGAGAGACAUAUUUGACAAAUGUGUAGGCGAUGUAAACUGGGCUGUCGACAUUGUUCUAGACGGCAUGGCUAAUAAUCAACUGCACACCAGUACUGGGGACAUUUCGGAUACAGAAGAUGUUGACGACGAACAGUGUGACUGUCUAGCAGCAUACAACAUAAUACCAAACGUUAAUACGCAGCCGAAAGUAAAUACUCCCAUUCUUGAUCUAAGCCCGACGGAAGUGACUCCAGGAACAUCAGGUCCAAGUACACCGAAAUUGAAAAAAGAUAAAAAUCUUUCGGAAUCCUCUAUACAGUUAAAACGUCAAAUUGAGCAAAACGUUGUUAUAUCUGACAGUCAUUACUCUAACCACUGUUUGAAGAUCAGAAAAAUGCGACGGGGUGAAGUGGACGAUGAUCAAGGAGCACUUCAACAAGAGACAGAAGAUAAAGAAAGAGACAGUCCUAUAGCGUCAACAUCUACUGCCCCUGAACCGACAGCGGAUAAUUUGAGCGAUGACGACGAUUCUCAAACAGCUUCCAGUGAUGAUGGGGAAAGAGUAGUCAAUGUCGAUUUGGGAGCAGUCUUCAUUUCAGAGCUUGACAACAUGUUUGGGCGAAACGACAUGCUAUAUCCAGACAAUAUAAUGACCAGGGUAAACAUGCCAAUAUCCUUGCUGAAUGAAAUUAACGCUCUUUGGAUUGAGUCGUUUAUGUAUCAAUUAGACGAGCAGUCGCGCCAGUCGGAAAUAAUGCUGCGCCAAGACGAAGAAUUUGCGAGGCAGUUGGCUUUAAAAGAAGAACAAUUGGCCAAAGCGGGGGAAGAGCCCGCCGUUCCAGAUUUAAAAGACAUCAUGGACAUGGAACUAGCUCUGUCCAUUUACAAGAAGGAGAUAACUGCAGAAUGGCGCAAUAACGUGCCCAAUGAUUUAGCCGCUGUAAUGACGAGAGAGAAGUUGUACAAUUUGUUCCCUGACGUGAAUCCAGAAGUUCUCUCUGAACUUUUGAUGGCUCAUGACAAUAAUUUUCAAGCUACUGUUGAGGUAUUAUUAUCAUCAACAGGCAAUGCCAAAAUACUAGAAGAAGAAAAUGGCGUAACGAAGUUUAUAACAACAAAAGAACUGGAACGCCACGAAAAGCUGAUUGAGGAACAAAAGAAGGCGCUGUCAGAAGUUGAAUGGCCCUUGCUACCAAAAGAAGAUAAGGUCGACAUGAACACUGUACAGGAGUACCGAGCGAAAGCCAACGAACAUUUGGAGCAGCGAAAUCUGUCCCGACUGCGAGCAGAAAGCUACCUGGCCCGCAACAUGCCACACAUCGCCACGUAUUACUCCCAAGUAGCGGUGUUGCAUAAGAAGAAGUUCGACCAUGCCAACAGUUUGGCUGCUGCUUCCCUAAUGCAGGUCCACGCGGCCAGAAACACCGACAAAUCCACCAUAGACCUCCACUUCAUGCGCGUCUUAGAAGCCAGAGAGACGCUCGACCUAUUCCUAGACUCGCACAUUCGCAGACUGCGCGAGUGUGUGCGCGGCCCGCGCUGCCACACGCUGUUCUUCAUCACGGGCCGCGGCCUGCACAGCCCCGGCGGCCCCGUCAUCAAGCCCGCCACCAAGCGGCGGCUCAGGGAGAGGGGCAUCGCCUACACCGAACGCAAUCCAGGCCUUCUCACCUCACGAGUGUGCGCCGAAGACAAACUCACCCACGAGUUCCAAUAGUACCCACUCUCUCCGUGCCGGAGCCACGCAUGUCCGCUGCACCAAACAAUACUGCUACCAUCUUUCACGUACGUCUACAACCAUAUCGUUGGCGACCCCUGCCCCUUUGACAAAGGCUUUAUCCACAUAUCCGUCCUUCUACCCGGUUUUCUUUUAAACCACAAUCAGACUGUGUUCAACUAUUGGAAUAACCCGUCGUGUCUAAUAUGCACGACUGUUAUGCCGAUACCGGGCAGCUGGCACGCUUUGUCAUAUUCUUGGAUAGUUGAACGCAAUGGCGAUCCGUUUAUUGAGAAUCGGGGGCCGUGGAUGAUACCUCUAGUGAUGUGAAUACAGUUCGUCGACAGAAGACGAUUCGACUUCAGGUAAUAUUUUACCUAUAUUUAAAGUCAAAUACAGGUCGAACGCGAUUAAUUAACAUUAUUUUAC